AUGGGGGAUUCACUUAGCUCGUGGGACGCCAGAGUCGUCUCAAAGGCGUCUGGCGAGUUGAGCAUGAGGACCGCCGAGAGUAUCCAGCUGGUGAACUCCUUCGUGCUGCUGACGGGCUGGCUCGCCAUCGAGGCGAGCAGGGCUUCGGCACUUGUCGACGACGGGGGCGACUCGUGCCUCGGUUUCGGCGAGGGUUCUCCCUGGUGCGGCGGCUGGUUCUCUCUCCGGUCUCCCUUCACCUUGUCUCGACGCGCACUCCCCGUCCUCGUCCUCCUCAGUCGUGAACUCAUCGUCCUCCUCUGCGAUGGGAGGCAGCGGGGUACCAGGUAAAGUUGCGAGUUGUGAUCGCUUGGCGAAUUUCGUUCAGGAUGCGCACGUAAUCACGGUUGGUGUUGAUUCCCGGGCAGAGGUAAAAACACUGUUGGGCUUUCGGCUCGGACUUGCGUGUGCGCUUGACCUUGUAUUUGGCAAGUUUGAGGAACGGGUACGUCGCCCCCGGCGGGAGAGGGUGCCCGUGCCACAUCUCGUACGGCGACUUCUUCUCUGGGUUGGAUGUGGUGGAGGUGCAGUUCAGGGCGUUGCAUGACCAAGCUAUGGCCUCGGCCCAAAGGGAUGGGUAGUUCGGUGCUCCGGGGUAAAGAGUUGGCGCUUGGAUACGGGCGGCUAGUGCUGCAUCCUUGAUCAGACCCAGUGCUCUCUCAGCUACACCGUUGUAUUCUGGGCUGUGCGCGGGGGUGAACUCCUGUUUGAUGCAGUACUUCCGGCACACCCUGCCGAACUUUCCCUCAAAGAACUCUCCUCCGUUGUCAGAUCUCACGACCAUGACAUCGGACGGGGCACCGUUUGCCCGGUUUUCGGCAAGGUAUCUCUCGAAUGCCUCAGCUGCGUCUGAUUUGUGCUUCAGGAAAUAGACACGGUUCCACCUUGUGUAAUCAUCCUUGACAAUGAGAGUUGUACCACUUUCCCCCCAAGCUCUGCACCCUAGCUUCUCCACUCAAAUCCACGAAAACUCGCUGCAGUUUUUUAGCUGCUCGGGUCGACGGCUUGUUGGGGAUGGGCUUGGAAAGCCCCUUCGCCGUCGAGCACCCCAGGCACUCCCGGAGCUCGCCCACUAGCGUCGUCCCCUGCAGCUUCGCCGUGGUCCUCAGCAGCACCUCGUGGGAAUGGCCGUGCACGCAGUGGAAAUCGUUGAUGUCAACGUUGUAGUCUUGUCGAGGAACGUGUGCAACCCGUUCCAACGACAGGCGGGACAGACAAUAAACGGCACGUGUGCUGUCUGAGUUCUCCAAUGUGUGCUAGGUACCAAAUGCCUUUGAAACACGGCUUGCGGUUUCCAAGGCGAUAUCGUACCUAGCGUACCAAGGGAAUCAACUCAUUGCAUUGCUAGUGCCUGCGUCGCCCUGUAGCUGGCAGUGUUUCCUGUAGUACAUCAAACAUCAACCGUUGUCCCUGUUGCCGCCAUGAAAACAAUGAAACAGCCCAUACACUCCCACCAUGUGUGGACUCCAUCAGACUGUUGUUGAGUACAGUACCAGUGGCCGAGCUUCGCGUUGGUUUCCUCCAACGUACAUGUACAUCGCCCGCACAAUACUGUACAGGUCUACGAGCUCGGAGAACCGGAGGCGUCGGAUUCGUCUGCGCUAUUGCUGGCGGGAGGUCCAACGCCUGUAGGUCCCACGCCCUAUGUUGAAGACGCUGCAGAUUCCUCGUCCGCAUCGUGCACUGCUUCCCCUGGCGCUGGCGGCCCUCUGAAGAUGAUACUGCUGUCCUUCGUAGGGUUGGUGUUCAUGUUUGUUGCUCUGUAAGUGUGGGCUACCGUGACGAGAGGGAAAUUGGUGUUGGCGUGGAAUGAUUCAGCUAAAGGUCGAGAGAGCAAAGAGCAUCAUAUUUUUUUUGUCGGUCCUCUGAAUGUAGUCUAUUGUUCAAAGCACCCUAGCACACUCAUUGUUGUGGUUGUUGUCGUCGUCGUCUUCUUGUCGUUGUUUCCGGAGUUGUAGGUUGUUUUUGUUGCUACUGUUGUUGCUCUGUAGUUAUAAAUUGUUUGUUGCGACUGCGAUGUUGCUGCUGUUGUAAUUGUGAUCUUCAUUGCUAAUUGACAUUCCAUUCCAACAAAUCAAGUUUGAUGAGAAGGGGGUUGAUGGUGAUGUGAGGAAGUAAAUGAUUCCGUGUUGAAUAUUUCUUUCUCACGUGCUGUAUGUGUCAUUCGGAUUAUGGUAAGGACGCCUGUGGAUGAGGUGCAGAGGACAGGAGUAAGCAUCAUAGUGUUGAUAUGGUUGUUUGGGUAGGAUCAGUGCAAUAACAGGGGAGUAUUGGAUUGCCUUGCGCCUCGAACUCCCCGUUUCAGUCUAUGCAUACGUAGCUCG